AUGGCUUCCACCCAAGUGAAUGGCAGUGCCAUUAGAACUCGCUUUCUACCGGUCACUACGUCUGACGUUGGACACUUCAGUAAUCAAGAAACGCUCGAGACGUGGGAACUUCCUAAAGAUCUCUCCGGACUUCGGUUUAUCGCAGAAGCAGCAGAGUACCUCAAGACAAAAAGCAUACCCGUAGCUUUCCCAACAGAAACUGUGUACGGAUUGGGUGCGGAUGCAACGAGAAGCGAUGCGGUGAAAGGAAUAUACAAGGCUAAAGGACGCCCAUCUGACAACCCACUUAUUAUACAUGUUUGCGACCUUACUAUGCUACGCAGUCUCUUAUCAUCGACCGAAAAUCAGAGCCCCGAAGCAGACUCUCCCGAAAUUCCAGAUAUCUACAAGCCACUGAUCCAACGUUUCUGGCCUGGCCCCUUGACCCUUCUCUUACCAAAUCCAUCCCCAAGCAAGUUAGCCCCAGAAGUUACGGCAGGUCUACAAACAUUCGGCGCACGAAUGCCAAGUUCCCCUCUUGCGCUAUCACUAAUUCGCCUGGCCGGUGUUCCCCUUGCCGCUCCGUCUGCGAAUGCCUCCACGAAACCUUCAUGCACAACAGCCGAGCACGUAUACCACGAUCUGAACGGUAGAAUCGAAAUAAUACUUGAUGGCGGGCCAUGCCAAGUUGGAGUAGAGAGUACCGUCGUAGAUGGCAUGUGCGAUCCUCCUGUUGUUCUUAGACCUGGUGGUGUCAGUAUUGAUGAGAUUCGAGAAUGUCACGGCUGGGAAGGUGUGGUGAGAGGCUACAAAGACCAAAGUGAAAUUGGAGACAAAGCGCCGAGGGCACCGGGAAUGAAAUAUAAACACUACAGUCCCAAAGCAAAGGUUAUAUUAUACGAGGGUGAGACCCGGAAUGAACCCCCUCUCGGAACUGAAGCCUUUUCGAUCGUAGCAGCACAAGCUAGAAGGACGGACCGUGUCGGGCAUGAGAGGCCCGCUAAAGUUGGUAUAAUUUCUACUAGGCAUUGGAGGUUUCGUUCCGGAUAUCGAGAUGUCGACUGUCAUACUAUAACAAGUGAAGAAGACGAAGCAGAAAAUGUCGACAUAGGUGGCGCCGUAUGCUCAAAUGAAUUCGAACUCUGGACGACCGCAAAAGUAGAGCCCUGGACUAGUUGGCAUGUGGCAGAUUGCUUCAAUAUUGCCCUUGGGAGUAAGAUCAAAGACAUUGCCCAUGGUUUAUUUUCUGCCUUGCGCGAAUUAGAUCACAAAGGUUGCGAUGUCAUUUUUGUAGAAGGUAUCAGAGAUGAGGGGGAUAUUGCCGCAGCAGUCAUGAAUAGGCUUCGAAAAGCAGCCACUGUCAUUGAAAAAUAG